CGGGGCCCUGGAGGUCACUUGCCUGACGGGCCGGGUGUCCGAGGGACGCGGCCGCCGCGUGGCUCCCGACUAGCUCUCCGCAGCGCGCCCGCCGCCGCCCAGCCCGCACCCGCGCCCUGCACACGCUCACCCGGGGAAGAAGAUGGAGCCGCGCCGCGUCCGCGGGGUCCCCACGCUGCUGCUCUGCCUGGGUUUCCAUCUUCUGCAAGCUGUUCUCAGUACAACUGUGAUUCCUUCUUGUAUCCCGGGAGAGUCUGAAGAUAACUGCACAGCUUUAGUUCAGACAGAAGAUAAUCCACGCGUGGCUCAAGUGUCAAUAACAAAGUGUAGCUCUGACAUGAAUGGCUACUGUUUGCAUGGACAGUGUAUCUACCUGGUAGACAUGAGUGAAAAUUACUGCAGGUGUGAAGUGGGUUACACUGGUGUCAGAUGCGAGCACUUCUUCUUAACCGUCCAACAACCUCUGAGCAAAGAGUAUGUGGCUUUGACCGUGAUUCUUGUUAUCUUAUUCCUCAUCAUAGUUGCUGGUUCCAUAUACUAUUUCUGCAGAUGGUACAGAAAUCGAAAAAGUAAAGAACCAAAGAAAGAAUAUGAAAGAGUGUCCUCAAGGGGUCCGGCUUUGCCACAAGUCUGAAUGGUGCCAUUAAGCUUCUGAUCAGGGGUGCACCGCACGCCUGGUUGUGUUAAUAUUCCUAUUUUAUUAAUAAUAUUUAUGUGGGGUCAUGUGUUAAGUCAACAGUGAUGUCUUUUUAAUAUGCUAAGAAAAGUUUUUAUGUUUUGUUUUAUUUUUGUCAGAUUAUUUGCUAAUAUGUAAUGUACACAAAUAUUUAAUAUGGAAAGAAAAUGGCUAUUUUUGUAAGAAAUCAUCUCCUGGGCUAAAUGCUUUGUUGAAAGCUUCAAAGCUUCUUUGCCUGCUGCAUAAUACGUAGGCAUGAGCAGUGCCCAGUUCGUUGUUCAGGAAGUGUCAGCAAAUGACAGAUUUCUGUAAGCCUAAGUAUACAGUCAAAUCAACUUAAUAAGUAUAUUUUUCUGCGUCUUCAAUCAAUGAGCAUUGGUUUGACUCUCUUCUAUUUGGUGUAUGUGUUGGCACCACUGUGCCAUGGAUUAUAACAGUAAUGCUAUGGCAACUAGGGAGAAGCAAAUAGAGAUUGUGGGCUAAACACUACACGUUUGAAACACACUAAACCGUGGGAGACUCUGCUCCCUCCAUGCACACCCUCACUGUGUAUCUGCUUGGAGGGAAAACACACCAUUUUCUAUUCUAGCCCAUGACUUCUGCGGGUACUAGUCACCCACCUAACAGAGUCUCCUUAAGAAAAUGAAUUGAAAACUUAAUUUUCUACAAUCUUUUAUGUAGAGAGUAGCUAUCUUGCAGCUUCGCAGUGUUCUUUUUUUUUUGAAAUGCAACAUUUAUGUGAGGUAACUGUGGCUCAUGAGACAAUUAAAAAAAAUCCACACAUGAAGCCAAAAUUUGUGCUUCCUUUUAAGAAUAUUUAUUUCCAUAGCAUAAAUAUUAGAAGAAUCCUAAGACUAAUCAUAGUCCAAAAUUUGAUGGACUAAUUAUUAUUGUAAAGGGUAGUAUAAGACAGUAAUUCUAUGUAUUGUCUAAAGGUGGAAACACAGCCAUUUCAUUUUCUAUAUAAGAGGGUUUUAACUUAAAACGAUGCAGGAGGUAGUUUCUUCAAGAAUUUUAAAUUAUAGACUUACAAUUAUAUCCCCAUAAAGGAAGUGGGGGAAAAAUGAAAAAUAAAUUACAGCGAAUUUUUCCAAGUGAAUUUGUUUUGAAUACUUUUAAAGUUUAGAGACUUAGUCACGCCUUCCUAUGGUGGCUGAGAUGAAACCUGGGCCCUGUUCUCUCUCUUUAGUUUACAUUUUGGAAGAGACUUAAGUUUGUCUUGUGCUCAGAGCCUCCAGUCUCAGUGAGUUAAUAAGGAUAAUAAGGCAGCUGCAUCAGGGCCACAGCUCUACCCCCCUGCACGCCCCCCCAACAGAGCUUGGGGGCUGCUGCCUCAAGGAGGCUCUCAGGAUCCCAGACUUGGUCAGGGAGAGUCUCUGCUUCUUUUACCGUUUUCCUGGUACAUGCUAAGGCGACAAAGAGAAAAUAACUGAUGCCUCACCUUUGAAGUGGCAGGUCCCAGGACUUGCCUCCUUAUGUAGCCCUGCCUUUUAGACCCUGGUGCAUUCACAUAACACUAGGAUCUGGCCCCUUACUAUCAGGAGAACAGCCAGAUAAAACAAAUAUAUAUGUACACCUAUAAGUAUAUAUGUAUGCUUAUAUACACAUUCAUAUGCAAACACAAGGACACAUGAGCUCAAUCAGUCAUAGAAUUAUAAUCAUCUGUUGUUCUGUCCACCAUAUAUAAAACUUUAAAAAUAAGAUAAAGAGAAAUAAAAUGAAACACAGUCAGUCUAAAAGGCUCUAGCUCUGUUUCCCGAGGAUACAGCUGAGGUCAAAUGUGCUCUGUAAGAAUACAUUUUACCUCCUACACAUACCUAUGGACGUAUACUGUUUGUAAAGGAAGUCUGCUUAUUCAGUGAUCCAUCAGUGAUCCUGAUUGCCUCAAAGAAAUGUAUUGACUAACCAAGAAGUCAGCUGCUCUCCGUUUAUUUUAUUACAAAAAGGGAGUCAUAUUGGUUCAUCGUAAGCAUCUCAAUUCAUAAUACACAGCUAAUUUUAAAUAAUUUGGGGUGUUUUUACUUUUAUGUUUUUAUUGUGUAA